AUGGCCAGUUCGACGCCAGUGGCAGGGAGGGAGGCUUUAGCCGGAAACUGGACGGCUGAAGGUCCUGUCGAUCUUUACUGCAAGAAAACUGGACAAUCCCACGCAGUACUCACCGCAUUCGACUACUGGAAGUGUCCAAGAUGUGAUCAAUCUUUGCGCCAACCCGACUUCAAGAUAUCGAACAGUGAGAGUGAUCAAGAUAGCUCUAGCGGGAAGGUAGAGUCGGCCCCCAGCGAAUCGGAGAACUUUUCGUACUCCGUUCGAUAUGUGGAUGCACAGCAUCAUCUCAUUUAUUCUGAACCGUGGCAAGGGCCAUUUGAUCUUCAUGAGGCCAGGAAAUGUGUUCUCUCCCAAAUGAAGAAACCCAUUCUGAGGAUCGAGACUGUAUUGGAAACCUCCAUACGCGGCAAUAUGCAACGACACUAUUACGAAGUUAACAGAAUCAAGGCAGACGGAAUUCUUACUAACCCACUUGUUGAUGUAGCGGUUUCGAGAAUCGCAGUCACCGUUAUGUCUCCUGCUCUCAAUCAAGCAAUCCGAAAGCUGGUUUCCUAUUAUCCCUCGGAGGAUCUUCAUAGGAAGACUCUGGAAUUGGGUCGACAUCAUGAGUUGGUGUGGCAUCAUCUAGACGACUUCGAGACGUACAUUGAGCAGCCUGAUGAGGAUAACGACACAAGGCUUGCGAAAACGCAUUUACGACAGCUCUUGGCGCUUGUGGCAAGCAUCAAUGGCCAAGGGGUCGCUGACGAGAAAGCCCGGCACAGCAGAGGGAUGUGCACGUAUGACAUGGUGUGGCUUCUAUACAAACCGGGAAUUACUGUUUAUCUGGAGUCUUGCGGCAGUCUCGCAGCCUUUGUCGUCUUUGAAUGUGUGUAUCACGAAGCUUGGACAGAAGCCACGCAAGAUGGGCUGGUCUCACAUCCAAGAGGAUGGAAAGUAGGAUUAUGGAACCUGGACUACGACGGGAGCUAUGUCGGAAGGCGUGCGCGACAUGUGUACCUGCCUCCUUUUGAAGGAGAGCGCAGGAUCAUUGACCUCAACAUCAUCCCUACUAGAUACAAAGACGAGGAAGAUGGCGGAAAGACCCGGGAAGCACUGAUAAAGGAUGGAAAACGAUGGUUUGAGCUGCUACGUGGAAGACAAGUGUCAUAUUCUGGUCGCCUGCUGGAUGACAGGAAACGUGAGUUCCAAGGCCGCGUCUACGUUGACACUGCUUCAUAUUACAACAUUGAAAGCGCAAGCCAUGCCGAUGACGCUUCUGAGUAUGGAGACGAUACGGCUGAGAAGGAAGAAUCACGAGAGGCUAUCUUCCGACGUCCUCCACUUCUGGGAAAUGUCAACGAUAUGGGUCGGGGUUUAGCGAAGUGUCCCUGUGAACAGUGUCACGGAUUUCGGCCGCACCCACCUCAUGGAUUCCCUUGGACUGAUUACGACCUCCUGAACCCUCAUAAAAUGGAAGUAUCAGAUCUUAAACUGCCCGAUCAUUGCCCAGAUCCAGAGCACAGGUAUCUCUUGUGCAAUCGAAGACUCUUCGGCUUUGACUUGAGAUCUAGAUACUGGCUAAUGGUUGAUGUGCAGUUCUGCAAGGACCUGAAGAGGAACACAACGGCAAUUAAGACGCUGGUGCUUCAGGAGGAGACCAAAAACAUGAUCAAGGCUCUCAUACAGAAGUACUCUGGUGAUGCGAAAGGACCUGGAGUUCCUGUGGCCUCUUGGAGAGCCGACCACAUUGAGAACAAGGGCGAAGGCCAAAUCUUCCUACUUCACGGAAGUCCCGGUGUUGGAAAAACAUUUUACGCUGGGAGGCCGCUGCUCUCGCUCACGUGCGCAGACAUCGGAACCGAAGAUGUCAGCAUGGAAAAGAAGCUGAUGAAGUGGUUCCAGCUGGCCGAGAAAUGGGGAGCGGUUAUGCUCAUUGAUGAGGCCGACGUGUUUCUGGAGAAGAGAGUAACAUCCGACCUCAAGCGCAACAGCCUGGUAUCGGUGUUUCUCAGAUGCGUAGAGUACUACCGCGGCGUGCUCUUCUUGACGACCAACCGAGUUGGCCAAUUCGACGAUGCCUUCAUGUCACGCAUUCACGUGGUUAUUCACUACAAGAGCCUAACGCCCCAAGACAGGAAGAAGAUCUGGCGGCAGUUCUUCGAUAAGUUGUCUUUUGAACGUCCUGAGUUUCGCAUCACGCGACGCGCACAGGAUUACGUGCUGGAGGAGAAGGAUAUCACGAGCAUGCCGUGGAACGGCCGAGAGAUUCGAAAUGCCUUCCAAACCGCCGUUGCUCUCGCCGACUUUCGAUUGAUGCAGAUAGAAGACAAGGGUGAACAUGACAUCCCGACACUCGAUCAGAAAGACUUUGAAGAGGUGUGCAACAUGAUGAUCAAGUUCAAGGACUAUCUGAAGGAUCUUCAUGGAAAGGAUGAGGACGAGAGAGCGCACAAGGAGUUUUCAAGGGGUCCCGUUUUUGGGCUGGAAGACUGAUGGAUUCGGGCGGGUGAGUAUCACCGUGCAGGGGUUGCCGUUUGACUGCUGUCAAAUGGUUCAGUUGAGGUUUUCUUUCAUCCUUGAAGUUUGACGUAGAGAUUUAAGGGACGUUCUUUGUCGUUG